AUGGAUAGAUCUGCCGGUCAGCCUGUAGACGGAUACAUCCGCGCCAUCAACCUGCUUCCUAACCGGGUCAUCGGCUGCAUCGGCCAGCACGUCGGCGAACCCAUUGAGGAACUCGCCAAGUCCAGAGACUCACGCUUCCUGGUCAGCUGUGGACACGACCAGCUGAUCAAGUUCUGGGACAUCUCCAGUUUACCCAACGCCAAGGUCCAGGAGUACCGCAAGAGGAAGAGGAAGGACGGCCGGAUGAAGUCGCUCACCAAGAAGGCGCUCGGAGACAACGACUUCUUUUCCGGACUGGUGGAGGAACCCGAGAAGAAGGAGGAGGAUGAGGAGGAAGAUGAGGAGGAGGAGGAGGAGGAAAGUGACAGCGACAGCGAUUGAAACUCUGGUUCUUGUGACUUUAAAGACCUAAAACAUCGCUGCUGUUUGGUCAAAGUGCCUCUAGUUGUCUGGACCAUCAACAUCGACGUGGAGGUCACUGAAGGUACCAACUCCUCAAAGUGUUGGACAAGAAACAAACCACCGCUGGAACCUUUGGAGUCAACAAUGAGGAGGAAUGUUCAGAAAUAUCCAUGAAUCCUGACUGUUGAUGAGCUACAUGGUGUUGGACUUCUGCCAAUGGUGGAAAAUGUUUUUUUUCGAUAGAACUUGAAUAUUUAGCGUGUAUUAAUGCUAAGGGGCAGAAAUAAAGACAUUGUGGUGAUA